GUGCUGGACACUUCGGCCGAUUUGGUUGCUGCCACCAGGGCUGUCUUCAGUGUGAAGACUUCAGUGUGAAGACUUCAGUGUGAUGACUUCAGGAACAGAAAGGCUUUUCUGAGGAUGUCUAAGGUGUCGUCUGAAAAGUGCACCACGACAUCUACAAGGCCGGCAGAAGUAUGGACCUCGCUCUGUGCGGCUUGGGCAGGAAUGAUGCCUUCGAUACGGGCGUCGCCAUAGUUCUUCACCUCGGCCUUCACUCCCCCUAUUCGCACCUCGACUGGCUUUCUUCGCUUCCCAUUUGUGAAGCGGCGGCCUCCGAUUACAAAGGGCUUUCCGUACUUCGCAGGGCCUCGCCACGGGGAAAUAUCGUAUAUCUCGGGCAAACUUCCGUUUUCCCUUUCAAAUUCCGUCAAUGCUUCGUUGCUCGGCGAAAUGACACCAACGUCGCCGUACUUGUAUCCCAUCAUUAUGAUGUUGCACCCCGGGGCGUAUUGGAUAUCAAGGUAGUUCUCCACGUCCAUUAGGUCGCUGCACAUACACACACACCAACCAGACACAGGUGGCACGAGAUGCUGUGCAGUCACUCGAGUAUUACUAACGUGACCAACAGCUCUUCAUUGUUUUCAUCGGGCAAGUCGACGAGGAAUAUAUUUGUGUCCCAUUUCGCCACAAGAAGGUCCCCGCGGAGCCUUCCGCCGAAGCAAUCGCCCCUGAACUCGGUAACCCCCGUUGUGGAUGAUGGGAUUGCCCAGCCCUCCGUGAAGUUCACGCCAGCUUCCAUAUACACACCGUGAUACCUCGAGAAUGCACCAAGUACAAUGGACAUAAAAAGAUGGACCUGCAUUGCUAUAGGUACCAUUGUCUGGUGUCGUUCAAGUUGCGGGCUCGAGCAGGAUUCGGGUGCCCAUGGUAAGCUCCCUCGAAGGAACGAAAAAUGCGGUCGGGAGAAAAUAUGGGCGUGGAAAGAGUAGGCUGGCAGUUCUUGCUCAUUUCGUCUUCAGAAACUGGCCAAGGCUUCGGCAUAAAGACCGGAUUCACGGCGGUCUCGCUCUUCACUCUCGAGUCCAGCCUGCACUCGUCCCAUGUGUCGAAAUCCUGUGGUGUGCAUCCUCUCGCUUGUGGAGGUCCAGUAACCGGCACACCAGACCCAAGAUUCGGACCUGAAAAGUCCGUUGUUAGGUCUAACGCAAAGCAUUCGUUGCGGAGUGUACCAUUCAUGAUAAUGUAGGUUUCCUCUGCACAAGUUAUUCAGACAGACGGACAGACGGACAGACAGCAUUUUUCCGUGUGUCAGGCAGUCUCUGGUUCCACCAUUUGUGGUGAAGACACUGUCGUAGUUAUUCCUCAAACCUGAUGACCAGAUCGAGAUGCCAACCACCGAGUCCGCAAGGGCAUAGCGGUCGCCUUCUAGCUGUUGCAGCCCAGAGACGACAGAGUGCGUGCCUCAGGCUUCCGGGCAUCUUCUUCCUUUUGCAACGUACCUGGUUGGGCUUUUCAACGAGUUCACCUGUCUUGUAAUACUUAUACUUGAUUCGCUUGGUCAGUUUCGGGUUGCGUACCUCUACCUACGCACGAACGCAAGCACAGGAGCAGAGGCGCCGUCAGCGAGAGAAAUGACGCGCAGCGGAGAGUGAUGCUAGUUCCUGAUCAUUUUCAAUUUGCCUGCCUUCAUGAGUGACCCAGUGAGAGGAGAUUCUGGCAAGCCGCCAAGAGUGCAGCCUAAGUUGAGCGAGACACGACGUAGACAGUAGAAUAAUGCCGCAGUGACUAUCAUGACGGUGACCUACCAGGCCAGCCGGCGUUCGUCAUGCUCCCCAU